AUGCGUAAUGUUACAUUAACUUUAUCGGGCACUACAAACAGAGCGGCGGGCGAGAUGGUCGGUGCGCAGGCGCAGGCGCUGAAAAAGUUAUUCAUAAUAUCAGUGAUAAUUGCAGCCACAAUUAUUGAAUCACCGGUAAGUGCAUAUUCAAUUCAUCGUAGACCAAGACAAGAUAAACAUAUACCACGUGAAGAUCUUAAAGCUGAGGAAAGUAUAUUGGACGAAGUAAAAAAUGGAUCAACAACAGCCAAUACAGUCAAAGAUGAUAAUGCGAAAAAGACAACGGUAAAACUGUAUGAGAUAAACGGUAAGCCAAGCGCUGACGACAAAGUAGAAAUAACAACUGCAUUCAUUCCUCUAAAAACUGAUGAAGGAACUUUGAAGUCUACUCAAUUACCAGUAUACACGAGUUCCAUGAAAGGGACGGAAUCCCUAUUAAACAAGAAAACAACACUAUUGCCUGAUAGUACCAUUAGUUUAAAAGGAAAUACUGAAACUGAUAAGUUUGGUGAAUUGACUUCGAAAAUUCACUCAGAUUUUGCGAGUACGACAACUUUAAUAAGCAACAGGCCCAACGAUGUUACGACCUUGCCUGGCAGUACUAUUAAUUUAAGAGAGAAUGUAAGUAAAAAUACUGAAACCGAUAAGAUUGGUGAAUUGACUACGACAAUUCACUCAGAUUUUACGAGUACAAAAACUCUGACAAGUAAUAAACCCAGCGAUAUAACGACUCCAGAAGCUCCUGUAGAAAUAACUAUAGAUGCUACUGAAUUACAAAAUAAUACCUCAAGCGAAAGAAAAACAACAGAACCAGUUUAUGUUAGUACCAGUGUAAUGACUGAUACGACAGCUAAAUCUGAUAAAACAAAAAAUGAUGAAACAACGCAAUCCAGCACAAGCACCACUCAUAGUGAAGAUUCUAAUGCAGAACAAAGUGAACAUAAUACUCUUACGCCAUCUGGGAAAAAAUAUACAUUUAUUGAUAGAAAACGAACGAGUUCGGAAAUAAGUACGUCAAGCAAUGAACAAGACACACAAACUGAAUCGACGCGCUUAAGUUUGGAGAAAUUAAUGACAGAUACAUCAAUAUCAUCUUUAGGAACUUUAGCUGAAAAACUUAAUUCUAAAACAACAUACGCUUUCGAUUUAUCAUCGACUUCUCCGUUUGGUCAAGAAACUAUAAGCGUUACUUCAGAUGACUCCACGCCCACCUCGUCAGGUAAAGAAUCUUCCCCAAGGGCAUUACAAAUAACGUCUAAACGGGCCGGUUUUCUAGAUUAUUCUGCAAAACCUAUGCCUGAAGCAACAACAGUUAUAGAAAAUUAUGCUAUCAGCGAUAAUAUUAACCAAUCCAGGGGGUUUUCUUCGAUGUUCGAAUUUGAGCCAGAUAAUGAUCCGACACCCGACAGUAAAAACAAGGCAUCGCAAAGUCAAUUGGCAGAAGAUGUCAUGAGAGAAGAAAUGAUGAAAGAAGAAAUGAUAAACAAUGAAGCAGAAAAUGCGAACAGACACAAAGAUAGUGAUCAACUCAGCGUUAAACCAAUAGACAAAAAUUCUUUAUAUUCCGUGGGCCCAAACUACAAACCCAUGAAAAAACUUGAUGUGCAGCCUGCAAAGCCAUUCAUCAGAGACCCGGACGACCUUAGCUGGAGAAACGAAAGUAUUAGUUCUCUAGGAAUCGUUUUCAAAGCAAAACCAGCAUCGAAAAAUUUUACUGAAGUUUUAAAAAACAAAACUGAAACACAAUUAAGUAACAUUAACGACAGGGAUAGUAAAAAUGAGGUCCCAGAUCUUCGUGAACGCUUGGAAAAAAUUGCUGAAGUAAGAAAAUCCAAGAAAAAGAAGGUGAUUGAUAAGUUUGGCGAAACCAUUUACACAGAUUACGAAGAAAAUUCUAAUUCCGCUGAAACUUCAAGUAGUACCCCCACUGAAAGAACUGCAACGCCGCCCUCAAACAAAGAGAUCGAAUAUGUUGCAACUAUAACAGAAGAGCCAGAUGUAACGACACACAUUCCAGUAAAACAUAUAUAUCAAAAAGAAACAGAAUCUGAUGCUGAAACCGAAACCACUAAGAAGCCUAAAUUUACCUUGGGCGACUACUACGACAUGGGAGAUGAUUAUGAAAAUGACUACAUAACAUUCCCUAAAAUAGAUAUAAGAAAAGUCACAACGCGUUUGCCUUCCAAAGAUACGCCACCGACGACUGUCUCCGUGGCGACGUCUGCGUUCCAGAAACCUAGCACACUGUACUGGCCGGACAGAAGACCUACUCUGCAGUACUUCCCACCGCGACCCACGAGUCAGAAAUUUAACGUCCAAGGCUAUGACGAAAAUCCUAUCAAUAAAUUGAAUUAUUAUACAUUUAAGGAGACUACGAAAAACAUAGUACCUGUGGCUGUAAGAUACACGACGGUACCCGCGCCUCCGGAGCAACGGAGACUCGAGCACCAGAACAAACAAAGAGCCCUAGAUGUAAACAAAUACAAAGAGGAUUUGACAAAAACCGUGUAUUUCACUCAGCCAAGAAUAGCCGGAGUGGCCCCGGCCAACGGAUACGAAGACGACGGACGUUACAACAGACCCACAUAUGUUAUUAAACAUUUCAAAGACUUGAUAGACAAGGCUGCCAAUGAAAACGAUGAUGAAAAAGACAACGACUAUGAUGUACCUGGAUACACAGCAACCCAGGGCUCCGUUCAAGACUCGACUGUUGAUAAUCUGUUGAAGAGCACACAGAAAUUGAAUUUGGCCGAAGAUUACGAUUACGACGCCGGGUUCAGGAAAGAUGUGAUAAGUAGGUUCGUGGACAAUUUCAACCAGAACAGUGAAAGGUUCAAGGUUGAUUUCCCGAUUUUGUAUAACAGUAGCGUGGUGCACGCAAAGGAAGAUAAUGGGAAUUUGGCAACGUCGAGUGCUUUUAUGAAGCGUUUGUACGAGGAUAUGAACUGGAAAGCGAAUGCGGCGAAGGGUAAGGAUUGCGAGGGGUGUGACAGGAAUGUGGAACUUCCUCCUGAUUAUGAGCUGCACUAUUACGUCCCAGAGCAGGAGGAACGAGAGGAAGCAGAGUCUCGGGCGCCGUCUAUGUACAGGUACUCCCUGUGGAGCCCGCCAUCAAAGCGAUAA